GGACGGCCACGCCGAGUGCUGCAGACUGCAUCCUCAAGCGAAGAGUUUUAUUGCCGUGGUGGAAAGUGGGAAAUCGUUUCCGCAUGAUACACACCUCACCUUUGCCAAGCUGGCCGCCGAGGCGAACCUGUAAGCGCUCCCAGUAGGUACGACAUUUUCUCUUUACAUCUCUACACUUUCUAUCUCCUUGUCACGCGUGCUACGCUACUGUGCCUCCCUGGACAUUUGAGAGAGGAGUCUUAGCGUCACGAUGGACGUCAGCAAGCAAGUCGAUGAGUCCGGCGGCGAAACGCCUCCGGAGAAGAAGCAUGCCGUCUUGCACCUGGAACGUGAAAUGGACCACAAACUGUCGAAGAAGGAACAACUGCACCAAGUGGAUGGUUUCAUCGCACGACAAGAUGUCACGGCCGCGACCUUCAGUCAUCUCGAUAUCAAGAAGAUCCUUCGCAAGGUCGAUAUGCGGCUUAUCCCCAUGUUGACGACUUUGUACUUGUUGAGCUUUUUGGAUAGAGGGAAUAUUGGCAACGCGAAGAUCGAAGGUCUUGCGGAAGACCUUCAUCUGAAACCAUGGCAAUAUAACAUGUGCCUCACAGCGUUCUUCUUAACGUACUGCGCCUUCGAAGUGCCGAGUAAUAUGUUGUUGAAGAGGCUGCGGCCGAGUGUCUGGUUGCCGAGCAUAAUGGUCGCUUGGGGCAUCGUUAUGACCCUAAUGGGCAUCGUACAGAACUUCUCCGGCUUGCUCUCUGCCCGCAUCUUUCUUGGUGUGGCCGAAGCUGGCCUGUUUCCGGGAGUGGUCUACUACAACACCAUGUGGUACUGUCGCUACGAAGUUCAAGUCCGACAGGCGAUAUUCUUCUCCGCUGCCUCCAUCGCGGGCGCCUUCUCGGGUCUCCUAGCGUACGGCAUAUCGUUCAUGGACGGAGUUGGUGGCUUGGAGGGUUGGCGAUGGAUCUUCAUUCUUGAAGGCAUCGUCACCGUCCUCGUCGCCGUGCUCGCAUUCUUCGUCAUGUACGACUUCCCAGAGACGGCAUCUUUCCUGACGCCAGAAGAGCGCGCCUUCAUCGCUUUCCGGUUGAGGUACGAUGGCCAGGACGCCGAGACCGAUGAUACCCACCGCGUCGCGCAGAACGAGAAGCAGGACUGGAGUUCCGUCCGAGCAGCCUUCGCUGACUGGCAGGUUUGGACGAACAUUAUCGUAUACUGGGGCUACGUAUGCCCUUUGUACGGUAUCAGUCUCUUCCUUCCGACCAUCAUCAAGGAGCUUGGCUUUAAGAGCACGACGGCACAGCUUCUCACGGUACCUAUCUAUGUCACUGCCGCCGCUCUGACAGUAAUUGUCGCCUACUUCGCCGACAAGCUACGACUCCGGUCACCAUUUAUCCUCACGGGUCUCGUCUUCCAGCUUAUUGGCUUUGUCAUGUGCAUCUCGACCAGCCAUGCAGGAGUCACAUACGCCGGCAUCUUCAUCGCCGCCUGUGCCAUUUACCCGACCCACCCGUCGAACAUCACUUGGCUGUCGAACAAUCUUGCCGGCUCGUACAAGCGAGCAGUUGGAAUGGGCAUCCAGAUCAGUGUAGGAAACCUUGCGGGUGCGUACGCCAGCAACUUUUACCGCGCAAAAGACGCACCUCGGUACAAACUCGGCCAUGCACUCGAGAUAGGCUUCAUCACUGCCGGUCUGAUUGCAGCGACGACGUUGAUCGUGAGCUACAAAAGUGUCAACAAGAAGAGAGAAGCAGCAGUGGCUAAUAACGAGCACAAUGGGUACACUCCUGAAGAGCUCAGCGACCUUGGAGACAAGGCGCUGACGUUCAGAUAUACACUAUAAGAAGGCUAUGGGUAUCCGCAGAAUCAACGUAGUGCAUGCGAAUAUGUAUGCAAUGAAUGACGAAAACGCUGCUAGCGAAUGGUUACUGAGGCCCGGCCUCUCGAGA